AUGUUAUGUCAGUUAACUGAUUCAGAAUUAAUUAGCGAAAACAAUAUUGAGGAUAAAGAUUUAUUGAAUAUAUCAUCUUUAGUAAAUUCUGAAGAUAGGAAUGUAACAAAUAUAUUCGUUGAACUUGGUUUAUUAGACGAAGAUGAACAUGAACAAAAUGAUAAUCAAAUAGCAAGUAGUCAAGAUAGAAAUGAUGAGGAUGGGGAUUAUAAUAUAGAUGAAUUGGUCAAGGUAGCAAUCGCUACUUAA